AUGGAUAACAAUAACCCGCAUUUGGCUGGAAAGAAAGCAAGGGCACGACGAUCGCUUAUUAUGAAAGAAAAUCGUUCAAAACGUCAAAGACAGAAUUUAAACCAACAUGAUUCUAUCAAUGAUACAUUCUAUUCUCCUAAUUACUUCACAAUGAGACAACCUUUGUCUGAAAUCACUCCCUCGGCUAGGAAUCAGAAGACUAUCGCACAGAUUGUCGAAGAAGGGAGAGUGUUGAGUGCGUGUAUGCAGAAUUCUGAACCGAGCAUAACCAGACAUGUGUUUCGAAAUAACAUGAAGCCAUCCCAUUUAGAUUCCUUAGGAACAAAUUUAAUGUCUAGGUUUUCUACUGAAUGUACAACGGAGAAUGGUCAUCCAACUACAAUUGAGAAUGCCCAACAUGGGCUGAUUUUUUCAACCAACCAGUUCUAUGAUCCUGGAAGUUCUUCCAAGAAUCCCAUAAAUACAGAAAAGAAAAAACCUGUUCGUGGCAGGCCUAAGAAGCAGCUGGGAGUACCAAGUCUUGCCAUGAAUUUGAAUAGUAACCCCCCUAAAGAAGCUGUCAACAUAUCGGUAGCACAACAGCCAACGAGCAGUGUUAGCAUUAGAAAAAACAACCGUCGUCAAGAAAUGCCAAUCAAACAGACACAUCACGAGAGGGUUCGAGCAUCGUCUAUGUCACACACCAAAGGCAAAACACCUGAAAUAAAAGAACCAGCAUGUCUUGUUUUUACCCCUACAGUCAACUUGGAUUUUAACAGCGACUCGGACGAAGAUAGCGAUUACGACCCUUUUGCAACUUAUUUAUCCGAUGAGGACUUCUGUUCCGAACCUGAAGAAAACGAGGCACCUUUUAUAAUUCACGACAACUACACCCGUUCUUCUGAAGCUUAUUACGACAUAGGGGACCCGCUCAUCGAAUGUCGUUAUUGUAAAUCCAUGAUGUGGUAUCAAGAACGGAUGAAUAAAAGUUCCCAUUCUGCUAAUCCAAAGUUUAUGCUGUGUUGUUGCAAUGGGAAAGUUGAAAUACCACUACUAAAACAACCUCCAGAAGUUUUUGCAAAAUUGAUGUUUGACCAUGAUAACGUAGUGAGCAGAAAGUUUCAACAACAUAUUAGAGUUUAUAAUAUGAUGUUCGCCUUUACAUCGCCAGGUGCAAAGUUGGACAAUCGUUUUAACAAUGGAGGUGGACCACCAACUUUACGGAUACAAGGUCAAACAUGCCAUCGAAUUGGAAGUUUGUUACCUGCUCGAGGAGACACACCCAAAUUUGCUCAAUUAUAUAUUUAUGACACAGAGAAUGAGGUUCACAAUCGAAUGAAGUGUCUAAGGACUACCAAGAACAUUGAUCCAGAAGUUGUACAACAAUUAUCUACAAUGAUGUAUGAACACAAUACUCAUGCCAAGAGCUUUAAAAUGGCAAAACAAUGGUUCAACGAAGCGGAUACUCAAAACCUGAAGUUGAGACUCAUACCUGACAGAUCCACGGAUGGAAGAGUGUAUAACCAACCGACGGUGUCUGAAGUUGCUGCCUUAGUUGUUGGUGAUAUUGACACAGCAGAAAUGAGGGAUAUAAUUAUGCAAUACCAAGGAGGCGGACUUAAGCGGAUCAACGAGCUCCAUGCAAGUUACAUGGCCUUCCAAUAUCCUUUGAUUUUUCCCUAUGGUGAGGACGGUUAUAGACCAAAUAUUGCCCAUAGAGACUUGCCAAUCUAUCAGAAUAGCUUACGAAAUAGGCUGACAAUAAGGGAAUGGCUAUCAUAUCGCAUUCAAACAAGGUUAGCUGAACCUAGGACUUUGUUAUCUUCCCGAAGGUUAUUCCAACAAUUUCUUGUCGAUGGUUACACGAUGUUAGAAUCUGAAAAAUUAGAAUGGAUUCGCAAGAAUCAACCAAAACUUAGGGUGUCCAAGUAUAAUUCUCUUAAUGACGAGGGUGAACAAAGUCAAAUUCCAGGUUCAAGCAUCGGUAAAAGAGUGGUUUUGCCUUCGUCCUUUGUUGGCGGUCGUAGGUUUAUGGAUCAACUGUACUAUGAUGGCAUGGCUAUUUGUAGUAAGAUUGGUUUUCCAGAUUUGUUCAUCACUUUCACUUACAAUCCUAAUUGGCCGGAAAUUCAUAGAGUUCUUCAACCACUGCAUUUGAAACCACAAGAUCGUCCGGAUGUCGUUUCAAGAAUCUUCAAAAUCAAGUUUGAUCAGUUGCUAGCUGAUUUGACAAAAAAUGGUGUAUUAGGCAAAGUACUCGCAUAUAUGUACACCAUCGAGUUUCAAAAGAGAGGGUUGCCACAUGCACAUAUACUACUAUUUCUGCAUCCGUCUAACAAGUAUCCACGACCAGAAGACAUUGACAGGAUCAUUAGUGCCGAAGUUCCUGAUCCCUUGCAACACCCCAGGAUGUACAAUUUGGUUAAGUCUCAUAUGGUUCAUGGUCCCUGUGGCUUGGCAAAUCAGAGGUCCAUUUGCAUGAAAGAUGGGAAGUGCUCCAAGUAUUACCCAAAAAAAUUUCAACCUACCACUAUAGUUGACCAAGAUGGCUAUCCAGUUUAUAGGAGAAGAAACAAUGGAAACACAAUUGAAAAAAAAUGGGAUAAUCUUUCAUAG